GAAGUGGGGAGAAACGGGAGAAACUCUGAGGGAGGAUGGAUGAUAAGCCCCUCCGCUGACUGCAGGCUGAGACUCCGCCCUCUCCGGCCACUGCUCCCCGCCGCUGCUCUUCAGGACUCGCGAGGCUCCUGCCGCGUUACAGACAGACAGGCCAGGCCACGCCCCUGCUUUCAGAUGGUCUCAGCCUCAACAUCUCUGCUGCCAUGGCUUACGAGACCAUCCCGUCCUCUCCUCUUUCCUCCCUCCAUCCGUCCUCCUCCUCCUCUUCCGCCUUGCCCGACCCAUCGCUGCUGCUCCCCUCGGUCCGGAACGCCAGCGCGCCGUCGCCGGAGCUCCCCAAACCUGCGGCCCUGGGGAUGACCUGCAUCACCAUGACGCUGGGCGCCGUCUCCAACCUGGCGGCGCUGGCGAUCCUGUCGCGCUCGUCCGCCCGGCGCCGCCGGCGCCCCAAGUCGCCGUUCCUCCUCCUGACGGGGGCGCUGCUGCUCACCGACCUGGCGGGCCACCUCAUCCCGGGGGCGCUGGCCCUGCACCUCCACCUGGAGCGAGGGCGGGGUUGGGGGCGGGGCUUGGGCGAGGGGCGGGGCCGGGCCGAGCCGGGGGCGGGGCUUUGCCGGCUGUUCGGGGCCUGCAUGGUGUUCUUCGGCCUCUGUCCCCUGCUGCUGGGCGGGGCCAUGGCGGUGGAGCGUUGCCUGGGGAUCACCCGGCCCCUCCUCCAUGCCGCCGUGGCGACCGUCAGCCACGCCCGCCGCGCCGCGGCCCUGCUGGCCUCCCUGGCCCUCCUGCUGGCACUGCUCCCCCUGGUGGCCGUGGGCAGCUACACGCCCCAGUUCCCGGGGACCUGGUGCUUCCUGCCGGUGCACCGCCCCCCCACAGCCGCCGACGCCGGCCUGGCCCUGGCCUUCUCCAGCCUGGGGCUUGCGGCGCUCGCUCUGUCCCUCUUCUGCAACUCCUUGAGCGGACUGGCUCUGCUGCAGGCCCGGCUGGCCUCCAGAGGGGCCCAGAAGGCCUUCCUCACGGGGGCGGGGCGAGAUCAACACGGGGUCACCGGCCGACCAGCCUUCCCCUCCCCCGUACGCUCGCUGGACGUGGAGAUGAUGGCGCAGCUGGCUGGGAUUACUGUGGUCUCCUGUGUCUGCUGGACCCCUUUCCUGGUUCUGGUCUCGGCGUCGGUGGGGCGGUUCCACGGCAGUUCUGGGCCGAGCGGUCCGGGCCAGGGCCCGCGUCCGUACGAGCGGCAGGUUCUGCUCGGCCUGCGCAUGGCCUCCUGGAACCAGAUCCUGGACCCGUGGGUCUACAUCCUGCUGCGCCGGGCGGUGCUGCGCAGGCUCUGCGGUCUGCUGCAGCCGCAGCGCCCCAGCAUCACGCACAGCAGCAGCUCCUGCGCAGACUGGCCCGGACCGGACGCCUGUCUGCGCAGACACGCGCAGCACAAAACGCUGACACGGCAGCACGGAAAGAUACGUACUCACACAUGAGCUCGCUGUAAAGACAAAUACACACACACACACUGUAAGGACAAAUGGGUACACACACACUCACUGUGAAGACAAAUGUGUACACACACACAUACUGUGAAGACAAAUAUAUACUCACAAAUACUGUGAAGACAAAUUGGUACACACACUCACUGUGAAGACAAAUAUAUACACAC